UGAUUCGAACGUACCGGGCGAAUAUUGUGGUUUCUUGAAUAUUUCGCAUUACACGAUAUUCUUUGUGGUGCAUGGUUCAAUCACUCCUUAGAUAUUUGCAUCGAAAUACGAUAGUGUCACAUCUGCAACCACCACUAAUAUUGUCUGUGUUACUUUCAAAGCAUAAGCUUCCUGAGCACUUCUGAGUUUCGGCGGAGAAAUUCCGGCCCGCUAAAUGAAAAUUACCUUUCAAACCUAAAGAAUUAAAACUCAAAUUGCAUAUAUUUCUUUAUUCCCCCAACCGAAUUAUUGAACUUAAGGUCAACUGUUGUUAUAUACAACCGCCUGUCAGAUGUCAUACCUUGUGGCGCUGCUUAUGUGGUGAAAAUGCAUAACAAACUUAAAGAUUUGGAAUACGCUUAUAUUAAGACAUUGAUUGGUCUGAGGACUUCAUUGUCUAAGGAAGUUUCUGCUUCUAUUUCUAGGAUUAGACGACAAUUUCAACGAGCUCAAAAUGGUGUUGACAGCGAAGUCCUUCGCUUGCAGAAUGAGAACGAAUCUCUAAAAAGAUCGUUAAAGCAUAUGGAGAAUGUCAUGAAAGGCAAAGAAAUGGAGAUAAACGGCUUGCGUCGCCAAGUGCAAAGCUUUUCUUCUGGGGGAGCUAUGUGCACUGUAUGCUCUCGAAAAACCAAUGUCACAGUUGACUCGGGUGCGGGGAGAUGCAUAACAAAGUCCAUCUUAAAUCAUAAACGCCCUCAUUUGAAUACUUCAGCAUCAGAUGGUGCAUCCGUGUUGACCUCCAGUAGCAGUGCCAAGCAACCGAUCAACAAACGACCCUGUGUUCAAGACUCUGUGACGGACAGUAUCCCGGACGACCGUGUCGGCACAACACCUACUGGCACUCGUAAAUCCCCAUCUGGGGAAAGUCAACAUGAUGAAACAUCUGACACCGAAUCAACAACAUUAACAAAUAGUGUGUUUCCCGUAGACUCACUUAGUCCACCUUCGGAAAUAUACGAUGCUUCCUUAGCGAUUAAAAAUGCCAUAAACCACAAUGAUUUAGUGGACUACGAUGCUACAUGCCAAGAUUCUUCUGUGCAAGACCAACUACAAUUGCCAAAAAAACGGAAUGUGCACCAGUUUUUAUACAAUAGACGAAACAGGCCCGUUGGCGCUGCGUCUGCCCCACGUAAAAUUACUAACAAGCUAUUGACAAGUGGUUUUAACAGCGACGUUCGUCGUUAUAAGGCGGAAGACAAACAUCGACCUUCCUGUCAUCACUUUCGUCCUACUGCUCCCACGAAGCCAAGAAGCGACGAUACUGGUGAUGAUGUAAGCUCUCCAUCUGGCUUUCUCGAGGCAGAAACAAUUCCUCUUCCUGUGUCUGUCACCAGCGAGUACCCAAAGAAUCUCAAGUUGAAAAUCCAUUUACCUUCCAUUGGCGGUUCCCCCACUCGUGACGAUGCGGAUUUCAAGUGUCCAUUACCCCCGGAAUGUAGAAAUCCCGCCGACAAUAUACUUCAUUCUUCCACGAAUAUUCAUGCCAAAAAUUGCAAACACCAACUUAUCUCCAUGACGGCAGUAAUCUUUGUUUUUCCCCUCACCAUAUCAUAUAAAAAGAACAUUGUAUUCAAUAUUUUUAAACAUGUUAGGAUUUCUAUACCACAUUGCCAAUACCUUGUGGCACAAGCCAACGGCAAUUUUCGCUUAUAUUCUUAUUAUUAUUACCCUAGCUGUUAUCAUUAUUAUUGUUAUUUCCAUUCUAUAUGCUGCGUGUUUUUGACACUACCUCUAUUGUAAAUGUGGAAAAUUUUCUGUGUGAUUAGUUUUUAUUUAUAAUUUGAGGAAAUUAGAUGCAAUAUUGUGAUUAAUGCUGAAAAUUCCAUUCUGUAUCACAAGUACUGUUUUUGGAAUAAAGUAAAUCAUUAUUAUUAUUAUUUCUCAUUUCAUCUUAAUCACCUUUAUUUUUCGUGCAGUGUUCCUACCGGUUUAAUUCCAGUGGUCGACCUAGUACACUGUGUCUUCUUUGGUCUUCGGACUAGACAUUUUCCGACAUAAGGAAAAAGCGCGACGUAACUGUAGAUGGGGAACAUAGGAAACGUUGGUGUUCAAUGCAUCCGGGAACAUGACUAUCUUUAACAUAUAUAUAAGGAAUAUGUUUACUUGAUCAUUAGAAGUGUGUUUAAAAUUUCAUGCUUUCUAGGGAACUUUGACAUAGUGAAAUCUCGUUAGGCAUACAUUGAUUUGAUUUUUUGUCGUCGCGUGAAUAAGUAGUAGUAUUAUUUAUCUUCCUGAGCACUAAAUUUUUAAGAUCAUCCCCUUGAACAAUUAAAAAUAUCCUCCUAAGUAGUAGAUAUAUAGAAAUAUUGCAUAUUCGAUGGAUUAUCUCAGUUGUCUUAAUGUAGACUUUCCUUUCAACACUCUAGGUUAACGCGGAUCAUAUAAUACCU